UAUGCCAACCUCCAAGGUGUAAAGAUGUUGUGCUCAAAUGCAGAGGGAGCAUCCUUGAAAAGCUGCAAUUUUGAAGACCCUUCUGGCCUUAAAGCUAAUUUGGAAGUCCGAGUUGCAACUCUAAAGAACGCAAAGUUGAAAAACUGCAACUUGAGAGGAGCAACCUUGGCAGGAACUGAUUUGGAGAACUGUGACCUGUCAGGCUGUGAUCUACAAGAGGCCAACCUGAGAGGGUCAAAUGUGAAAGGAGCCAUCUUUGAAGAGAUGCUGACACCAUUGCACAUGUCUCAGAGCGUCAGAUAGGUUUCCUGCUGAAGACUCUUGGUGCUCAGUGAGGGAAUAACGUUCCUUCCACAGCAUGCCUUUCUCAGGGGUAUCUGAGAAGCUGCUGCUGGAUGGAGAGAAGGACCUUCUCUUGUCUUAGGUAUAGGAAUAGCUAUUGAAUCCAGUUGGGACAAGAAGCUUGCUCAUAACUCCCAAAGACAUUGCUAUCUUGGCCCUACUUUGCUUUAGAACGCUCCUCUAGAAAAAAUAUUUAUGAAAGCACAAUAUAUGCAAUUUAUAUUUAUUCAACUUCCAACGAGGGUUUUUAAAACAUGAUCGGUUCAUACACAGUAGCAAACUCCCGGGCUUUCAGCCUGGAUUGAUGAACUUUUAUUUAGAGUGGCUUAUUCAAUGUGGGAAUGGGAGGAAUUGGAAGAUCGAAAGGUAUCCAGAUUUGGAUCUUCUUGGCAAAACAGAAAUAGCUGUAUUUCUUAAAAAGAGUCAUCAUGUAUACACUUGGGGUCUUCUUUUAAGCCUGUUAUGCACUAAUUUGAAAUAGCUGGGCUGUGAAUACCGUAUGCGUGGGUUCUUUGACUUAGAACAGUGUCAUGAAUAUUAAUUGCAAAAGGGGAACACUCAUUUUUAACAUCAUCUCAUGCUUAAUAAUCAGGAAUCGAAGGUGCAAAUGAAAUACAGAGGCUCCUGUGAGCCCUGAAUUCCUAAGUUGUACUUUUUUAAAUUGUCACUGGACCUAUAAGCCUUGUGGACUAGAGACAUUAGAAGUGAGCCAAUUGGUUUUAUAUCAGCAUUGGGAAAGUACGUCCUGAACAUUUUAAUAGGCUGGUAUUAUUACAGGCUUCCAUCAUAGUGAAUAAUGACCCUGCCGUUGAAUUAUCUUGGUCAAAAGUUGAGUGAUAUACCCAGUGGUGGGUUUCAAAUAAUUUAACAACCGGUUCUCUGCCCUAAUGACCAACUAGGUAGGCGGGACUUGGUGUUGAUGUGACUGGGUAGGCAUGGCCAACUCAACAUCACUCACGUCGAUGGGCGCUUCGUCUUAGCUAUUACAAUGUAAU